GGUGGGCAGCGGUGCACCAAUCAGGUGACACCAUGUUGUGGUGUCAGCACGUGUGGACUGUGGCGGAUGUUUGUGUGUGAUAAUACUGUAUCUGCUGCAGCUGUGUAGUAUGUACCACUGAUGCUGAAGCCUCUGACUGUUAGCGAGGCUGUAGGAGCUAAUCAACAUGAGGAAGACAGAUAUCAUUGUGUUGUUGCAGCUGUGCGUUUUGCUACCUGCAACCCAACAAGAUGACGGAGGAUGGAUGACAAGAGGCAAGGACAGAAUAGCCCAACUUGGACCAUGUAACAUUGUGGUGCAGGAUGGAUCACUCACACAGGAGGAGUUUUUAGAGAGGUAUGCAUACAGUGAGCCAGUGGUGAUCAAGGGGGCAUCACACAAUCAGCUUUUCCAGUCACGUACUCGGCACACUGCCUUACUGGAGAGAUACGGCCACAUGACUAUUCGUCUGAGUUCUGCCAACAGUUACAGUUAUGCUAAGAGAGACAUAUCAUUCAGGGAUUACUGUGAUCACCACCUGCACCCACAACAACUCACAACUCUUGGCAAUGAAACAUUUUACUUCUUUGGUGACAACAAUGGUGAUGAAUGGCAGGACAUACUUGACCUUUACCAGCACCCACCAUACUACCUGCCUUACCACCUACCUGCCCUCAGCUUUGGACUAGCAGGACCAGGCACAGGUGUUCCUUUCCACUUUCAUGGCCCGGGCUUUGCUGAAACCAUAUGGGGACGCAAGCGGUGGUUCAUGUACCCUCCUGAUGUGAAUCCCAAUUUUCAUCCUAACCGGACAACUUUACAGUGGCUGAUAGAAGACUACCCAAAGAUGAAGGAUGACCCAAACCUUUAUGAGUGUACGCUGCUGCCAGGAGAGAUCAUCUAUUUUCCGGACAAGUGGUGGCAUGCAACACUCAACCUUGACAGCAGUGUCUUCAUAUCAACAUUUUUGAGUCCAUAACAACGGGAAAACAUAUUGAUUAGUGUAAUACAGUACGUAUAUAAUUUCUAUGUAUAAUUUUUCUACUUUGCCAUAACUUUAUUACAAAUAUAGGAAAUAAAUUGUGUAGGACCAGAACUUUCAUGCUAUAACUAAGAUGAAGACUGCUUUUAGAUUAAGAAAGAUUAAUUACUGAAUGUCGAGAAUCUGUUGGUGACUUCAUGGUCCAGUUUUGUGUGAAUGUUAAGGCAGCAUUAGUGAACAGUACUUAAUACAGUAAAUGCAUGAUUAAACAUGUGUACAGAUAUAUCUUUUUCAGCUAAUUUAUUUGUUUGGUUGUUUUCACAGAUUGUCUUACAUAGUAAUAUGUUUUGGCUUUCAUUUAGAUUAAAAGAAUUGUGUUGUGUCAUAAAAAAUACUGGUAUAACAAGUUGAAUAUAUAAUUCCCUGUGACUUUACAGUACAAACACAUAAUAAGGUCCAUGGUCUUUUAAAACUUUGCUUAUAAUUGACAUUUUGAUGUUGUCCCGAGUCUUGAGGAGUCACUGUUUGGGUGUGUUUAAGGUGAAUGAAAAAUAAAUCAGGGCUGUGGAGUCGAAGACAAAACCUUCGACUCCGACUCCUCAAAUUUUUAUGCUUCCGACUCCGACUCCGACUCCUUGGCCUAUUUGUAACAACUAUUUCUA